AUGACAGGCAUGUCCGUUGUUGAAGGACGAGGUCACGCCAAAGGAGAAAUUGGCAUGGCUUAUAUUGACCUGUACCACCCAGAACUGGGCCUGGUCCAAUUUUCAGACACGGCGGCUUACUCAAAGUUGCGGAUCAAAUUGCAGGCCAUCAAUCCAGUUGAACUAAUUUUGCCCGAUACCGCUGUGGAAAAAGGCGGAAAUAUGCUGGCAUUGUUUUACUGUCUUCAGGAUGAAUUUCGCCAUAUGCAGAUCACCCCAGUUAGCCGCAAAAUGUUCAACGAAUGUCGAGGCAUUGGUACGAUAAAUCGUUUGAAAACUGCUGAUUGUACGACGGUAGAAAAAGAUAUGAACGGAAAGUACUACUGUUUGUCAUGUGCUGCUGCUUUAAUCGAGUACGUAGAACAUAUUCAAAACAUAAUAUUUGCUCCAAAAUCUGUCCGUGUCAAAUACCGAGGAACUGAGAAAACGAUGCUUUUGGAUCCAAGUACGGCGAAAAGUCUGGAGCUGAUCAUCAGCCAGUAUGGAGAGAAGAAUACCGAGACAAGCUUGUUUGGCGUUUUGAACUUUACGUGCACCACUGGCGGUGCCAGAAUGCUGCGUUCAUCCAUUUUGCAACCAUCGGCUGAUAUUGAAUUGAUAAGAAAACGGCACGAUGCCAUCGAAGAGAUCAGCGGUUGCUCAGACGGAUUCACGAUCCUAAGGUCUCUUAUAAGCAGAAUGCUAGACGUCGACCAGCUGGUAUCGCUGUGUGCUCAUUUGAACAAAGAAGAAACCGAACGUGCUGCUGACUAUAAAAUUACGCAGGUCAUCUAUCUGAAACAUACGCUUGAAUUGGUAGAGCCUUUGAAAUAUGCGUUAGAUCGUUACAAUUCGGAAAUGCUCAUCAGUUUGCGAGAGUUACUUCACGAUGACCGCUUCCAGUCAAUAUCGAACCAGAUCUCGGCGACGUUAAACGAUGAGAUCACCUACCAGAAGGGUGCACUGAAAAUGAGAAAUCAAAAGUGUUUCGCGGUGAAAUCGAACCUCAAUGGCUUGUUGGAUAUUUCAAGACGGACCUACAGUGAAUUGGUGAACGAUGUGCAAGAAUUGACUUUGGAUAUCGUGUCUGAUUACAAUCUUCCACUCAGAUGUGGCUAUUCUUCUGGCCGCGGUUUCUACCUGCAGCUGAAUCUGCGAGAGGUGCAAGACAUUCAGGAAUUUCCAGCCAUUCUCAUGAACGUUGUUCAGCGCGAUCGCAUUAACGAGGUCGUUUCGGAGAUCUUGUCAAUGAGCAAUAUAAUUGUCACCGACCUGCUGGCAACGAUUCGAGAUUCGAUCACGUGCCUCUACAAUCUUACCGAGGUCAUUUCUUCGCUGGACAUGUUGUUAUCACUGGUGACCGUCAGUCAGCGCUUUCUGUGGAUUCGUCCUGAGUUCACCGACAGCAUCGCCAUCCAGCAGGGUAGGCAUCCGAUCAUGGAACGCUUUACGAAUCACGUCUUCGUGCCGAAUGACGUGUAUGCCGGCCCAGAUUCUAACUUCAUCAUCGUCACCGGUCCAAAUAUGGGUGGAAAGUCAACUUACUUGAAGAUGAUCGCCGUCCUGCAGGUCAUGACUCAAAUUGGUUCCUUUGUUCCGGCCAAUUAUGCGUCGUUUCGACUUUGUGACCAACUGUUCUCACGCAUCGAACACAACGACAACCCGGAAGCAAACUGUUCUUCUUUCGUCGUUGAGAUGAAAGACAUGAACUACAUUUUGAAAAACGUCACCUCCUCCUCGUUGGUCAUCAUCGAUGAACUUGGAAGAAGCGUUCGUAUUCCUGGCUACUCAUUAUUUGGAUCUGGCUCAUUUGGAUACCCUGUAUCCUACUGUGGAAAAGUCGCGGAAGACAUGAAUGAAGAUUUAAAUUCGCCGUCGGGCAGUGACUACGACUCAGAGAACGUCGGCGUUUCUAGGUUGACGUGCAAUCUGUUGAAACGACUGCAGACUACGGUUUCUGGUUUGCGGCAGUUGCAUGAUGGCCCUUUAAAGGAGAACACUGCCAAUGGCCUUCCUGAUUCGUACAGAACAUAUACAGGUAUCGGUCAGUUGUUUUUUAUUCAACUGGACAUUUUUAGAAGCUCUAUUCCGGCGUUGGAUGAGAUGGCACAAAGUGUUCUUACGUCGUACAGUCUGAAAGAGUACCUGAGGUUGCUUUCGGAUGGUAAACAGUCAGAGCCCGUUUGCUGUUUAUACUCAUUUUGUUCCAACCUGUUCUUGAAUCUUGUCAGGAUCAAAGAUUUUACCGUGUAUUUUCACGAUGGCAUCUUCGAUUCUUUGAGGUCAGUGAUGAACCAUGUAGCGUUGAAAAUCGGUCGCGAGAAGUUGACCGAGCACAGAAUCAUAAUAUGCCUCAGCCCAUCGUUGCCGCACGUGGAAUUAUUCAACACUUUACUGCUACAGUUUCUCCCUUAUGUAGAACUUGUUUCGGUUCCUGCUCAGCAUUCUGCUCCAAACGCUACAUACAGCAGUUGCAUGGACGUGGAAGAACUACAGAAGCUGCUCUACGACAAAACUCGUGACGGUCUAUGUCACAUAGUUGUGGUGGCCGUGGUGGGAAGCCAGACCAGUGGAGAAAACGAUUCCAUUUCGAAGUUGAUUCAAUUGCGUGAAAAAUAUGCCUUUUGGUUGCACGCUGUUGGAUCUAAUUUGAUCGACCUCGUUUCAAGUGCUCCUAACGAAGAACUUUACAACAGUGUACAACGUUGCGAAAGCUUCACGCUAUCCCUCGACAGAGCGUUGGGCGUGCCUUCAGUGCCUUAUAUCGUGACUACUUUAUGUCGCACGGUCACCAGUUUCGCUCCACCUGAAAAGCUGAAUGCCGUUCCAUGGUGUGUUGUUUUCGAUCGCCUCGAAACCCAGCGCAUUCGUGGGCGCAUUGAUGUCUGUUUCGAGUUGAGUUGUGAGGUGCUCGCGAUCAUUGCUAACUUACCUGAAUUGAACCUCGUUUCCUACGGCAGUGGAAUGAGAUACUUGGAACGGGUUAAGGCGAAAACUGUCAGCAGACCGUUAACUUUGAUCUUUGAAUAUUGUCCAAAUUUACCGCAAAAUAAUGGCACUGGCGACGAACUUGACGACUUCGACGCUUUGAAAAAUUCGUCGUACAUGAAAGCCCUCAACGCAUGGUUUGGCAACUUCUUGUCUUUGCAGUGCCCUUCUUUUGGUUUCAAGACGGUAGAGAUCAGUUGUUCGGAAACGGCUUUACAGUUUUCGCCCAUCGAACUUAGAUCUAUGGGCGUGGAAUCGCUGGAUUUGACGCACUUCGACGAUCGUCUACGAAAUGCUGUGAAAAUCUUGAACGCUACCUUGAGGGCACGAAUGAAGUUCGAAGCUUCCGUACGACAGUACCCCCAGCUCAAGUCUGUAGCCAUUGAAGAGUGGGCUGGAGUUGGCUGUUUCGUCUACGUGCCGGAAAUACUUCGCGAUUGUGAACAGUGGAAUGAGAACCAGAAGAUCCAUGCUUCCUACAUAAACAUGGAAAUCAUCCACGAUUUAAAAAAGGCGGACCAUGCGUUUUCUUUGGCCAAGUUCAACAACGGCGAGGUCUGCAUUAAAUGCGGCAUGAUUUCCGACGCGAAUGACCUACCAUCCCUGAUCGAGGCUGUCGUAUGCACUGGCGAAAAGAUUGAGAAAUCCUCCACGUACAUGGAUGCUCUUGCUGAACGGGUGAAGCAAGGUAUCGAAUUGGCAUCCCAAGAGCUGAAGAAGGAAUCAGAAUUCAAGUUACUCAAUAUGGGUUUGAUUCGAAAGGUUCCUGUUGUCAAGUCAAUAAUCAACUGGUGGUCUCCGUUGCCUGAAAACAGUGUUAGAGGACGAUACUUUGAUUUGAAAACAGGUUAG